AUGUCGCUCAAAGGCUAUUACGAAGCCUCGUUGUGUCCGCCGGCCGAGGAUGAUGUGUUUGCGGCUGCAGCGGCUGCGGCAAAGUGGGACUGGGGGGAAGCCCUCCUCGAUCGCGCGGCUUACAUGGUCGAUAAGAAAAACCAUACUUCCGCCCGCUGUCGAUUCAGGAGGGACGUCCUGGACAAGAGGGAGGUGGAAAUGCGGGUCACAUUGUGCCUCGCCCCGCCGCCUCUCGUCUCCUAUUUCUGCUGCCACGCCUACUACGCGGACGACAAAGGAGAAGACAACCGAUUGUUCAUCAGCGAGCCGUCCAUGUUUGCCAUGGAGGGUGACCUUGCACUUAUCACCCUCUGCCACGGGGAAUUCCACCCCUCCGCCAUCGACAACAACAAGGGCUACUAUGAAUACUUGGUGUACCAGGCAGGGAAGGAGGAACUCACCCGGCUCCCGCACCCCGACCCCUGGAUGUUGCCAAAUGAGAGAUCCCACUGCUUCAAUUCCACUUCGAUUGCUGUCGUUCCUUGCAGCAGCAAAUUUCCCACCUCAGUCCUCAGCCCCUCCGUCACCGGCCCUUCUCAGGAUGAUGAUGCCUGUGGUGCCUACAAAAUCGCAGCGCUUGGCAAGGACUUUUUCCACGACUCUGCCAAUGGCCCACACUACCUGUGCAUCUAUGACUCCAAGACCGAGGCUUGGACCCGCAAGGCAGGUGCUAUUCCACAGCCUCUGCUGCCGCCAUCCGACUUCAUCUCCGACAUGACCAUCACCAUCGGCGGCAAAAGCGGUGGCAUCGUGGGCUGGGUCGACCUCUGGAGUGGCACGCUCCUCUCCGACGUGCUAGCCGACGACACCCCCUUCCACCAGUUCCGCUAUGUCCCCCUUCCCGAGCCGAGGCAGCCGCCAAAUCGCCUCCCUCUUGCCGUUGACAUUGCAACCGCCUUUAGGGACAUUGUCCUUGUCAAAGAGACUGGCAUCAUCAGGUUCGUCGACCUUCAGGUCCACGGCCAACCCGGCAACCCUUUCUCAGAAAUCCCUAGUGGCUGGACGGUGGUCACAUGGACAAUGGAGGGGCUCCGUAGGGAUUCGGUAACCCUGGGUGAUAUGCGUUUCAAGCCGGAGCAUGAAGUCCAUUCUUGUGAUAUUGAAAACUACGAUUUGCCCAAAUCUGUCUUUGUUUCCAACCCCAUUCUCAGCUCCCACAAAGAUGGCAUAUUGUACCUCAGGACCACUGUCAGCAGCAAAACCGACAGGAACUCGCGAGUUAUCGCCGUUGACAUCAAGAAUAAGAAGCUGCUGAAGGUGGGUGAAUUCGAUAUGCGAAGACCCAACACCUACAGGCGCACUACCAUCUCCAGCUAUCUCAAGCCCCCAGUCUCAAAGGAGAAUAUGAAACGACGAGCCCCGGUGUCUAUGGGAUCCUCUCGCAAGAAGCCACAGCAGCAGCCCGCCAUCACCAACCCAGCUGAGGGAGGAGAGGUUUAUGUCGGGGAUGUAAUGGACUUACAGUAG